GCAUGUCAGCCACGCGCGCGCGCUCCGUUCUGAUCCGGAACACUACCUGCCACGCGCGCUCUGUCGGUCUGUCCCCCGCGCGCGCUAGCCAGCCCAGGCCAGGCGCCCACCGCUCGCAAGGCACAGGUACAAAUCACCACGGCGACGGCGACACCGGGUCGGCAAACUUCACAACCGCGUCACGACUCGCGAGCCGGGCGAACUAGCUAUCCCAGCGGGGUCUGUGUGUGAGACAGUGGGACAGGGCGAGCAAGCGCAGGAGCGAUGAAGGUGCUGGUGGCGGUGGACGACAGCGACUUCAGCCGCCACGCGCUGGCCUGGGUGCUCGACCACCUCUUCUUCCCGUCCCCGGCCGCCGCCGACCAGCCGCCGGCGGCGGAGCCUCGUCGGCCCGAGCUGGUGCUCGUCCACGCCCUGGAGCCGCUCCGGCACGUCAUGUACCCGGUCGGGCCAGGGUCGGCGGUGUACGGCGCGCCGUCGAUGGUGGAGUCGGUGCGGGCGGCGCAGGCGGAGAACGCGCGCGGCUUGCUCGACAGGGCCAAGCGGAUCUGCCACCAGCGAGGGGUUGGUAGAGUAACUUUUCUUUCUUUUUUCUUCAUCGUAUCAGCACAAGUGCAGAUCACUAGUGCCUGCCUGCAGGUGAGCGCGGAGGCGGUGGUGGUGGAAGGGGAGCCCAGGGAGGCGCUGUGCCGCGCCGCCGCCGACAUGGGCGCCGGGCUGCUCGUCGUCGGCAGCCGCGGCCUCGGCGCCAUCAAGAGGGCGUUCCUGGGGAGCGUGAGCGACUACUGCGCGCACCACGCGAGCUGCCCGAUCAUAGUCGUCAAGCCGCCUCGCGACGACGGCCACUGCGCCCACCGGGCGGCGAGCUGAUCGCCGGCGGGAGCAAAGAAACAUAUUGAUCGCCCACCAGUCGACGACGCUGCCCCGUGUUGCUCUUCUUUCAUGUCGACCGAUUCAGAUAUUCUCCAAGCUUAGGAUGUGAACGACGCCGCCAACACCUUGAUCCUUGAUAUGCUGGGAUCCAUCUUUGGUUAGACGAUGUAAAAAAACAAUCAUGCACUCGGGGUAAGAAAUGAAUAUGUGUAAAUAGUAAUUACCACCUUUUUUUUCCCACCUGUGAACAAUUGAACAUCAAUCAAUAAGCUGCCGAGUUUGUUUUUAGGACCA